AGGGCAGACCCCAAACGUGGCUGGUGUCCUUCCACGAAGAGGACAUUGGGAUGCAGACAUGCACACAGGGAGGGGCCCCAGUGGAGACAGAGUGUCGGAGCUCCUGCUGGCCAGAGAGGCCCGCAACCUGCUGAAGCUGGAAAGGCCUGGGACCCGCCCUUCAGGAGCCAGCCCCAAGGACAACGUCGCUUUGGACUUCCGGCCUCUGGACCUGGAGGACAGCCCGCUGUGCUGGGGAAGCCCCACGUCUGUGGGGCCGGUUCCGGCAGCCCCACACAUGGGGCGCACUGGUGUGCACGAUCCGUCUCUUCCGGUCCCGCAGCCCACGAGGUCGCCGCGCUGUCGUCCAGGUGCCAUGGAGGACUCAGGCACAGGCGGCCCCAGCCCAUGGCUUCUCUGCUCACCCCAGUCACUGCUGGCUCCCGGCACCCACACUUCAGCCUCUGGGGACCUGGAGAAGUUGCACUCAUGGAGCAGGAGGCUGACAUUAGCCUCAGACAGUCACCCAUCAGUGAGUCAGGAGCCCCCCGAGCAGACCCUGUGUCUCCUGCUGGUUUCAAGUGAAGGUGCUUGGACACAUUUGCCCUGCAGCCCCCCAGCCCUGCAGCCCCGCAGCCUCGCAGCCCGCAGCCUGCAGCCCCGCAGCCCUGCAGCAGCCCAGCGCAGUCUGCGGCUGACGAGGCACCAGCAGUCAUUUCUGCAGGAGAAGCGGCUUCGGCUCCCUCUUUCUUUCCACUGCUGUGCGGCCAGUUCCCUGAAACCCCAUUCGUCAAAGCUGCAGGCUGAGGAGGGACCACGGCAAACAGAGGCCACGGCCAGCCCUGAAAUGACCUUGGCCGCGGGAAAUGCCCUUUGUGAUGUCACAGUUAAUUACUGCUGGGAGAAAGGCCAGUGCCCAGUGAGUGAGCCGUGCAGGCAGACCUGCUCCCUGGCGCUGGGCACAGGGGCGGGGGUGGCAAGCACUGCAUGGGGGGGCUUCAAUCCUGACGCCUUUGUGGGGCUGCUCAGGGGCUUAAAGUUCCUGCUCCAGGUGGCCCUGAUGAGGAAACUGAGGCACAGAGUGCCUACGUGGCCCAGGGACCCCCAGCAAGGAAAGGGCAGAGCCAGGGGCAGACGCCGGGGUUCCGAGCUGGCAACACGUCCUCCUGUGGGCUGCCCUGACCUCGGGCCCCCGGGCCUGGGCUUCUGGGAAGAAAGACCUAACCCCCCUUCUGACUCACGGCUGCCCACCCGGCCAGGCCUGGGGCUGGGGAUGGAUCGAAGUCCUUGCACCAUCCCCCAUCCCCACGGCCUGGGAGGUGACCGGAGAUGAGCUGCGAAACGAGGAAAAACCCUGGUUCCUGGCAGCAGAAACAACUUCAGCUUUCGCCUCUUGGCCAGAAUCAAUGCCGGGUCUGCAGGCAGCCCAUCCCAGGCUCAGCGGUGCUCCGGAACCGGCUGGAGGGCCCAGCUGGGGGCUCGGGAUGGGGGGCUUGUCUGCGGGGUGUUGGCAAGGGGACACGUGGAGCCCGGGAAGCCCUGGUGGGGGGCUCCUGGCCCUCGUAGAAGCUGGGGGCCGCCCCGGUCUGCACCCCUCCCCGUGCUCUUCCCCGUGCCACGGUUUCCGGGCCUAAAACCAGCACCAGGCCACGAGCUUCUGACAUGCGGCUUAUCGCUGGGUGCAAGUGCGGCCCACGGCAGGGGCCCGGUGGCUGCUGGCUGUGCCCUGGCGGGAGCCUUCCUUCCCGCCUGCCUGCGUUCGGCCCCCCUCUGCCCCGAGUCCACCUUCCCCAGAGCCGUGCUGGGCCGCUGGCCUGUCCCCUUGGCUCUGCUCAGUGGACUUGGCCUCAACCUCUUGCUCUUUCUGUUCCGGAGACACCGUAAGCGGCCAAAGGGCACUGAGGGGGCCCAGGCUGGCCCCUGUGGCUGGGCUGAGCCCCUCAGCGACCCUGCAGGGUGGGGACAGGGCUUCGAGUGGCCGCCUCUGGGAAGGGGGCCACCCCGACAGAGGUAGACAUGGACGGGGCACCAGCUGAGGUUUGGAGAGAACAGGUAGGGGUUCUGGACUCUCCCAGGAGGUGGAGGGGGCUCUGGAAAUUAUCCCAGGGGUCCCGUGGCUCGCCCACUUCUGCCCAGACAGGGGGCUGGAAGGUUGGGAUAAACACUUUCUGGAUCGGAACGUGGGAACGUCUCUCUGGCCUGUGUGGGAGAGGCUGGGGCAGCCUGCUGUGAGCGCUGGGGGGCAAGGCCCCCACCACAGGAGAGAGGACCCCCCAGGACACCAGCAUGCUCCCCGACACACGGGACGGACGCUGCAGAGACAGAAUGAGGCGAACGCCUUCUGCCCGGCCAGAGUGGGGCCUUGCGACCGUGGGCCACGGCCAUCUUCUGGGUCCCUCCACUCGGGGUCUCAUCCCCAGCGGCUGUGGGGACGGACGCUUUCCACCACCAGCCUCAGCUCCCUGUUCCCUCACUCUCCUGGGAGCAGCGGGGGCCUGGUGGCCGCCGCGGUCACGGCCGCGUGCCAGGCUCCAAGACCAGCAACGGCCCUCUCUGUUAUCAGCGAUGCCAUUCGGCGCUCAAGUUUGGGGCAAGGAUCGUUUUGAAGCCGCUGUUCACUUUGUGACCGAGCCCGGUCUUGGGAGACGGGUAUAUUUUCAAGGGGCAUUUCUGACACAUUUAUUGGUGGAGCUCAUUAA